AUGGAUUGGAUCGGGCAUUUCAUGCAGCUCGCUCAAGCCAGCCGGAGAGCGCCAGACACCAUGUUCGAGAAAUCUUUGUACGACCUGAUCAAAGGCCUCCGGAGCCAUAGAGGCGCGGAAGAUGAAUAUGUCCAAAGCUGCCUCCGCGAAUGCAAAGCGGAGAUCAAAUCACAGGAUAUGGAUAAGAAGGCUACGGCUUUACUGAAGCUCAUAUAUCUCGAGAUGUUUGGUUAUGAUAUGUCUUGGGCCUCUUUUCACGUCUUAGAGGUGAUGUCGUCUGCCAAAUACCUUCAAAAGCGAGUGGGAUAUCUCGGUGCGGUACAGAGCUUCCGUCCCGACACGGAAGUGCUGAUGUUAGCAACCAACAUGCUGAAAAAGGACAUCGUAUCCCCUAAUAUCCCCGCAUUAUCAUUGCCGCUGGUCUCCCUACCGCAUAUCAUCACACCAUCCUUGGCCAUGUCGCUGCUGCCCGACGUUCUCUCUCGACUCUCGCACUCCAGUCCCACAGUCCGAAAAAAGUCGAUCGUGUGCCUCUAUCGCUUUGCGUUGGUGUACCCCGAAGCGCUCAGGUUAGGAUGGCCUAAGAUUCAGGAACGGUUGAUGGAUGAACAUGAAGACAGUAGUGUGACGACAGCGGCUAUCAAUGUCGUUUGCGAACUGGGAUGGCGCCGGCCCACCGAUUUUCUCCCACUUGCACCGAGGUUCUUUGAACUUCUUGUUGAUAGUGGUAACAAUUGGAUGGCCAUCAAGAUCAUCAAGCUGUUUGCGACAUUGACACCUGUGGAGCCGAGAUUAACCCGCAAAUUGCUGCGUCCACUGGUGAAUAUUAUCCAAACCACGACAGCCAUGUCUCUACUAUAUGAGUGUAUCAAUGGCAUCAUCCAAGGCGGCAUUCUCGACGGGGAAGACAGCCUUCAGGAAAGAGAUGAGGUUGCCAGUCUCUGUGUUGGCAAGCUCCGAGGGAUGAUUGUCCUUGAUUCCGAUCCAAACUUGAAAUACGUCGCCCUUUUAGCUUUGAAUCGAAUUGUCGCCACCCAUCCGUCGCUGGUUGAAGUGCAGCAGGAUGUGAUCAUGGACUGCCUGGAUGACCCCGACAUCUCUAUCCGACUGCAAGCCCUGGAGCUUGCUGCCGGUAUGGUCUCGAGUGAGACCCUGCAAGGGGUGGUGGACCGUCUUCUUGAUCAGCUUCGUUUAGCCACGCUGGCUUCUCCGCUCGCUGCAGCAGAAGAUGAGGCGGGGUCCACAGCCUUCCCUAGCGCCGGAGAUGGUGAAGAAUCAACAGGAUCACCUCCAGCCGUGAAUGUUGCCGCCACGCUGCCAAACGAUUACCGUAAUGAGGUGGUGCAUCGGAUACUGGAUAUCUGCUCUCAAAACAACUACUCAGAGGUUGUGGAUUUUGAGUGGUACGUCAGCGUCCUGGUUCAACUCGUUCGACUUUUACCACCAUCCGAGGUUGAGGAUGCUUGGUACCAGACGACUUCGGGCCACGACGCGAAUGUACACGCCAAAGCCAGCACCGCUUUCCGGAUAGGGAGUGAGAUCCGAAAUGUUGCCGUUCGUGUCAGAGGGGUGCGACUAGAGGCAACUCGGGCGGCAGAGUCACUUUUGCUCAUCGACAAUCGAUCCACCUUUUUCCCCCCCGGCUCCAAUGUCGGCGAUGAUGUGCUGGGGCCCAUUUCGUGGGUUGUUGGUGAAUAUGCCAGCGAAUUGGCCUCUCCUAGUCGGACUUUGCAGUCCAUGGUCGAUGUAGCCAAUGCUACGCUUCCCGCCACAACGCUCCAGCUUUUCCUACAAGCAAUUCCCAAGGUCUUUAUACGAGUAAAUCGAGAUGCUUAUCAGGAGACUUCAUGGAAGACCCAGACGACUCUUCUUCUAGCGCGGAUUGUGGAGUUUCUGGAGGCCUUGUCCGCUCAUCCGGAUCUUGACGUGCAGGAACGAGCAAUUGAGUUCCUGGAAGUCCUUCGAUUGAGCGCCGAGGCGCUCCGAUCCGAUGUCCAAGAAAUGCCAUCACUGUUGGCCGCAGUACUUCCGAGUCUUUUCGAGGGGCUGGAGCUCAACCCGGUCGCUCUCACUGCUCAGAAGAAGGUAGUGUUGCCCGAAACUUUGCUUCUGGACGAGCCAAUUAAUGAGAGUCUAUCGGACCUAUUCCACCACGUCGAUGACGCGCCCUCGCAAGCAAAGCAGGGCGAUGCUUUGCAGAAGUUUUAUUACGUUCCCGAUUUGACACCCGCUCCGGCCAGGGCCACUGCAGCCAUCUCUUCUCUCGAUGUGUACCCCGACCCAUCUUACCAAAACAAUCUGCGAGGAUCUACAGAACUUCCGGCUUCUGCAGAGAGGCGGAAACUUGAGCGCAGAGAACGCUACAAGGAUGAUCCAUUCUACAUUGCCUCGAUGGGCGGACGAUCGGACUUGUCGAUGUCUCCGCUUGCUGGCACAAGUUCAUUGGACGUUGAUUCCAUUCCCAUUGUAGACUUGAAACUCGAUCCUCUGCAGCACCCCCGCUCCGAGCGAAAAUCAGCCGGGGCGCAUCGCAGCCGACGAAAAAAGUUGGAAGUCGCAGCCGACGAGACCUUUGGUACCAAUGAACCUUUGGUCCAUGAAAAUCUUCCCGAACCAGCACUUCUCGCCCCUGUCGCCAAGCGGUCGCUCCUCCAAGUGGACUCCAGCGGUCUCGGCAGCCUCUCUCUGACGAGGGAUGACAAGGCAGGAAUGUCGACGGCAGAGGGCGAUGAGGGAGAUGCCGAAAUGAAGAAAGCGAUGCGAGAGGUCGAACAAAUGCGAUUGCGCAUGCAACGGGCUUCGGAACGAAUCGAAGUGGGUGGGAUACCCAGCGAGGGGAUGCUCGUCAAGAAAAAGAAAACCAAGAAAAAGGUAACUUCAACCGAUGAAAGCCAGCCGGCCCCUGUGAAGAAGAAGGCUCGGAAACCCAAGGAGAAGAAGGAAGAGGCAGCCCAGGCCGAUACCGGAAUCGAUAUGGGAGGUGAAAAGACUAUGGAGGGGAUGUCCAGGUGA